GUUAGUGAAGCCUGAGUUUUUGUAAUAGUCGUAUUUUAAUAAAAAAAUUCUAAUAAUUUUAGAUUGUAUAAAUAGAAAUAAUACUAGAAAAAAUGAGUAUCCCUGUUAAAGUAUUCAUUGGAAAAACUUUGAUAAAUGGUGCGAAAGCUACCAUUGAUGACUUGCUUGUCAACUCUGAAAUCGUUGAAUUUCCAGUCAUUCCUGGAGAUACGUAUGAUAAUUUACUCACUAAAUGUGGAAUAAAAUGUCACAUUUCUCCUUUAUACUUAUCAAUGUUUGCUAUUUGGAAUCCUGUGGACAAAUCUUGGAUGAAUCUAAGCAAUGUUAUCGAUAUGCAAGAUAAGCAUUUGGAAUUUCGAAUUCGAUUUGUUGUCAAGACAGAAAUGCAAAUAGGAGGGCAGAAAAAGGUUGCAAAACGUUGGGCACCUCCAGGAGAAACUUCACCUGCUUUUAUGGAUGACACAUUAAUUGCUUAUUAUUACAGACAACGAAGAGAUGAUUUUCUGCUCGAUAAAAUCAAGUUUUCUAUUGAGGAAUCAUCACAAACUGAUUUGCUAUCGGCAGCACUUGGUGUUGUAGUUCUGGAUAUGAUGUGCAUGUCAAAAGCUGGAAAUAUGGAUGUGUCUGCUGUAAGACGUCGAGUGAAUUUUAAGAAACUUUUGCCGAAAUCGUGUCGCCACCAAAUGUCUGAAUUCAAUUUCUGCAACAAAAUUCGAGUCAAAAAUAAAUUUGACCAUUAUUUGAGAUAUUUUUCUCCAACUGCUCAGAUUUGGGACAGGAACGGUUAUUCGUUAGCAUUCUUUCAUCAGAGGUAUCUGUUGAAUUUGGAAUUGUUUUCUGCUUCUUAUGGAGUGGAACGAUACGAUCUGGCUAAAAGUGGAUAUAUAACAGUCAGCGGAGAUUCUGGAAUAACAUUACAUAGUGAUGAAAGUGAGGAAAAUGCAGAAAAAUGGUGUGAUUUUUCGGAGCUGACUGAUAUGACUCUUAAAACUCCGGCCAAUCUAGUAAGUCUUGGAAAAUUUGACGGUAGUGUAAAAAAAUUUGCCAUGAAAUCUGAGGCCACAGCGGAAAAUUUAGCAUCGUGCAUUGAUGGAUAUUAUCGGUUACUCGUUGAUGCACAUCACUAUUUGUGUAAAGAAGUUUCAUCACCGUCAUUUAUUGACCAAUUAAGUUUGGGAUGCCAUGGACCAAUAACACGCUCAUUUGCUGAAGAUUUACUAAGAAAAAGAGAGGCAAAAGGUAUUGUUGAAGUAGGUGACUGUAUUAUCCGUCAGACGCAUGAUUCUUAUGAUGAAUAUUAUGUCAACACAGUGUGCCAUACAUCACCCCUUGAAAUUAGAAAUUUCAAAUUGGAUCGCGGAAGAAAUAGUCAGCUUGGAUUAUUUGGUUGGGUGCAAUCUCAUAAGCAUAGAACCCUCGUGGGACUUUUACACGCCUGCGAGGAUGGUCGUUAUGAUGGAGAGGAAAUUCCUAUCAAUCCAAGUCGUAAAGUUUUUCCACAAAGCAAACACAAAAGCAACCUUCUUGUCCGUUUGUGCUCCAGUGCGGAGGAUAGGGAUAGCGAAGAUUAUGAUGUUCAUGGUAUUGUACCAAGGACUGUGCUCAUUAGGUUGGAAGACUAUUCACAUGUUCAUCUUUUAUCUAAUGGAAAUUUCACAGACGUUAAGAGAUACACUAGAAGGGGUGAAAUAGACAGAUAUGUUGUCUUCAAAACGAUCAUAGACCAGCGACCAGAUGAUGCAUUGCAUCAUCAUAUUAAUAUAUCUCUUCAAGAGUCGACAGCCGUAUUAAACAGACUCAACCACCAGCAUAUCGUUCAACAUAUUGGAAUGACAUUGAAUAAUAUGGUCGCAUUUGAACAUAUCCGCUUUGGUUCAAUCACCACUUAUUUACAGAGUGACAGAAGAAAUGAGGUUGCUUUGAAUCCAACUUGGCGUUUGCAGGUUCUUUGGCAGAUUACUCGCGCCUGUCAUUAUUUGGAAGAAUUGGGAUUUGCGCAUGGAAAUCUGCAAGGAAAAAACGUGCUUUUACAAAGUGACUACCCACAGCCCCACAUCAAACUCUCCGAUGCUGGAGUCCUUACAAGAAUCAGAACGAUUCGAGUUUCUGAAACGAACAGGAGACAAAUUGUCGAACCGAGGUUGACUUCACCGUGGCUUGGCUAUGAAUUUUGUUUUAUCGAUCAUCUGCCUCAGAUAACCAAAUAUCCAACCAUUGAAGGAGAUAAAUGGAGUUUUGCAACAACGCUUUUUGAGAUUCUAAAUUCUGGUAGAAUUACUGUUGAUCCUAUGAAUGGAAAUGAAAUGACUGAAGAUAUGAAGACGCAUUAUCGUAGUGGGAGUUUAAGUCGUUGUUUAUAUAUACCUGAACUUAUUACCGACAAUAUCAACUUGUUCAAUCUUAUUUGUAGCUGUUGGUCCGUACAUCCAUAUCGUCGACCGUCCUUCCAGAAAAUUUUGCGUGAAUUGGGAUCCACUUUGACCAGUGAUUAUGUACUGUUACCAUUGCCUGCUGGACCAGUUUGCGAUAUCAUUGUUGAGCUUGAACAUGAUUUACCAACAUAUGAGGAUGAAAAACUUACUUGCCAAAGUUCUUUAGGUGAAGGACAUUUUGGAUGUGUAGAACUCUGUGCUUAUGAUCAGUAUCGAAACAAUCACACUGAACUCGUUGCUGUGAAGCGGUCAAAACGUGGAAACAAUCGAAGGCUUCAGGAUUUCACUCAAGAGAUUGAGACAAUGAGAAAACUGAAUCAUGCAUAUGUUGUUCGUUUACUAGGGAUCGCAACCCCUUCUGGAAGAAUUGUGAUGGAAUAUUUAAGAAACGGUUCUCUUGCAGAGGAUUUGAAAAAACGGAAAAUAUAUGGAAGGAUGUGGCAAACUUCCAUGCUUCUACGUUUUUCAUCUCAAAUCGCAGAAGGUAUGAUAGCGCUCCAACAAAAACGUAUCAUACACAGAGAUUUGGCACUUCGUAAUAUUUUACUCGCUAAUGAUUCCAGUAACCCACACAUAAAAAUAUCAGAUUUCGGACUAUCAAGAUUUCUAAGUGAAGACAAAGAUGUAUAUGUUGGAAACCUUACUGAAUUCCCAUCACAAUGGUAUCCACCAGAAUGUCUAUGUGAGGAACCACGCAAAGCAUUUCAAUUUGAAUCUGAUGUUUGGUCAUAUGGUGUCACAAUAUGGGAAAUUUUCUCCUAUGGUGAUAAACCAAAUUACAAAGAUGUUCCUCAAGUCACAAGAACAGAUCAGUUGAAAGAUUUACAUAACUGCUUACAAAGGAAUCAGAGAUUGGAAAAACCACAAUACUGCCCAAGAAAUGUUUACCAGUUAAUGCUUGAUUGUUGGGCUUAUGCACCAGCAGAGAGACUAACUUUUGUUGAUGUUAAGACUAAAUUGGAUAGUCUUAGUCCACAUGCAGACCAGCUUCCAUUUUAGAAAUAACUUUGUUCCUUCGUGUAUUAAACCCACUGAAACGUCAAAGAAAUUCCACUUAUUUCUAAUGACUCUUUAUGCUUGAGAUGUUUUUCUGUAUCAGAUUUUCAAUAGAGUAUAAAUUAUUCAGCAAGACAGUAUAUUGUGUCUAUACUGUUCCGCUGCUAUAUUCAUAUCUAACGAUCUUAAAAUUGUUAAACAUUAUCACAUUGCCACUAAAGUUAUAAGAAUAUUUGGAAAUAAUGCAUAUAGCAAAUUCAAGGAUCCCACAUGUAACUGUUUUUGAAAGUAUGUCAUCUGCUGACUUAGUGAAAGUCAACUUGAAUAAUAUAUGGGAUAAUUUCUAUACCCCAUCAAGCUUUAUGUGAAUGUCGAUAAUCUAGGAAGGAGGGGAGGGGGGGGCAUAGAUAAAAAUGAAAUAUCGAUCAGAAAAUUAUUUUUAUUUCUUGCCAUUCAUUCGGAUAAAUUAAGCAUAACAAUAAUGCCCCUCAGUAUAGUACCUUUUUCUACUUUCUAAUAAGGAGAGGAAGCUUUUCUAAGGAUAUAGUUGAAACUGGAAAUAUCUUUUUUUAUUAACACUCAAUAUAUUGUCCAUUACUAAAAGUGUUGUUUUAUUUGACUUUUUUAUAUCACUCUUAUUUACAUCUUUCGCUCUGAAAAAGGCCCUAUUCAGUCAGCCACUGGUAACUAACGAUACGUAAGGAGUUACCGUCAUUUGGAAGGACCGGGACCUUUCCGGUUUGAAAUUGCCUACCCAGGUGGGGUCAUGGGAUCUGAACCGGGGCUGUGUAGUUUGAGUACCAACAGGUACAAGUUAAUUCUAACACUUGAGCGCUAGGCUGUCAGGUACAAUUUUCUCACUUCCCAUUCUCUUAUUGAUAAUGUUUUCUGCUAUAUUAAUUUGACUGGGCUUGAGUAUUAACUCGUGUUAUGCUAAAAUAUUAAUUAUUCAUUUUUAUUAUUCGAGGUGCAUCUUCUAAUUCCUAUUAAUUUGAAUCCAAUGAUGACAACAUUUAUCAUGCAGUAUGCUCUCUAUGCUUUUUUUUUCGCAUUUUUUAUAUUGUUCUUCCUUUUAAUUCCUUCCUGCUUUUGCCGAAUUGUGUUUAAUUAUUGUGUAAUAGUGCUAAAUAAGAUUCUUUUUGUUGAUUAAAAAUCAGCUUUCUUGCCUGUAAAUAAUUUUUUUUAUCUUACUAUAAUUUGAUCAGUGUGCGGUAGCCGGUAAUGUUCCUAAUCAAUUAUGUACUGUGUAAAGUGAGUUAGGAUUUGGUGUUCCAUUCAAUGGAAAUAUCAUCAAAUCUGUAUUUUUUGUAUGUUGUGAAUUUAAAUCGGUAAUAUGUGGUUUUAUCUAUAUGUAAGGUGUCCAUUAAUCAUUGCUAUUCGAGCAAUGUUAUUUUGAUAAUUUUUAUUGUAAAUUUGCCAUUCUUGCUGUGAAUUCAUGUAUUGUCAAAUUUUAUUAUGUAAAAAUUUCCAAAUAUCAUUAUCACAAUAAAAAUUCGAACCCUUUGUAUUUUGAACACAAUACCUGAAGACUUUAAAAAAGUACAGUUAAGACAAAGUUAAUGCGAUUCCAAAAAAAAAUUGUGUGAUCGAUAUUAUAAUUUUUUACGAUAAAAAUUUUAAAAUUUAUUAUGAUUUUGCUGCAAUAGCUUGACUAACAUUAAUCAAAAUUUAUUACAAACAGAUAAUAUAUGAUGUUAAACGAAUUAAUUAGUUGACAGACACUUUGGAUCAGUUUUCAAAUAUUAAGCUUUUCCUUUAUUGUUUAAGUAAGUUUCCAGCUAUAUUUGUGUAAGCCAUUUUGUCCUUUUUCUUCAGAUUUGUUCCAGUUUAUGGAUGAAUUUUAUCGUUUAUGGUAGUUUAAUCUAUUUCAAGCCUUUGCUUCACCAUAUCCCAAGUAUGAUGAAUAUUGGGUAAAUAUGCACUGCCUUCUUUUUAUCGUGUAUAAUACAUGUUGUUUAUGAAG